GUGGACCGCAGUCCACAUAAUAAUUUCCCCAUAUUUUGAAAACCUAAUUUGCCUACUUAAGGGCUGCCCUCAGUGAAGUGCCGCCUCAAGCCCUAGCCAUGGCGGACUCCUCUCAAUCCUCUUCUUCCGACCUUUCUCCAAUGGAUUCUUUUCCACCGGACUUUUAUCACCUUGUUCCACCCGAGAUUUCUCCACCCGACUAUCCUUCAUCCGACCCCUCCGUUCUGAUUUCUCCACCCGACUAUCCUUCAUCCGACCCCUCCGUUCUGGAAUUUAUAGAAUUUUCAAAGAACUAUCUGGCGAGUUUACCUUUCGAGCCAUCGAAAUCAAAAUUCUGUCCCUUGCCUUGUAGCCACUAUAAAACAUCAAUUGACAUCAUUAGGGAGGAAAGUCCUGAAGAGUACAAAAUUAUUAUUGAUAUAUGUAAAUUGGCUCUUGAACAGUAUAAGUCAGAAGAAUUGUAUGAUUUUGAGAGCGUGCCUGACGGUGAGGAGGUGGAUGUUACGGCUGUGGGAUGUAUGCAGUAUACCCUCAAGUUUCGAGCUAUGAAGGUGGAUGGUCAUGUAGAAAUGUUUGAAGUUACUGGCCAGUUUAUGGGAGGAGGGAAUCUGAUCAUAAAAGAAUGUACCCUGCUGAAAUAGGGUGUUUUUCCUUGUUGGGUUUUCCUUCUGGACUUGACUUGGGAAUUUCUACUUAAUUUGCACCUACGGCCUCGGGGAUGUUUUUCAAAUAAUAUGUAUUGCACUAAUUUCUGUGUAGUUUCAAUAAUGUAGUUUGGACCCCUAUUGCUAUCAUAUCAAUUAUGUCUUGUCUUAAAACUAUAGCAAGGAAUCCACACUAUUAUUUAUCCAUCAGGUCAUGAGUUUGAAUUCUUGCUCUCUUUGUGUUUGUGCCUGAUAGCUAUGCAUAACAGCUAGUUUAUUUCCUUUACUACUUUGUUGGUUAGGACCGCAUGGUGGGUGUUAAUUAUAUAAUUGGAUGCUUGUGAUCA